AUGGAGGUUUCAGGUGGUGAUGGAGAAUCGACCGUCAUUGGUGGCUGUUUCUGGCGGUGGUUUUGCUCUGUUUUUGUGGUGAUUCUAUGGUUGAACCUUGAUCGAGGAAGGUUGGGAAAAUCCAGCAAGGCAUUUAACGUCUUCGGGACCAUUGCUCAAUCUUACCAAAAUGUUAGUCUGGGUUCAUCACUCACUACAAGUGAUGUUACUACCUUUUGGCCAUCCCCUUCUGGCGAAUUCGCUUUUGUCUUCCAAAGAAUUGGAAAUGGAUCAGGGUUCUUACUAGCCAUAUGGUUCAACAAAAUCACAGAGAAAACCAUAGUUUGGUCAGCCAAUAGGAAUAGUCUUGCCCCAGAUGGAUCCAAGGUUCAGCUCUCCACAAAUGGGAGACUAGUCCUCACUGAUCCAAAUGGUCGGGAGAUGUGGGCUCGUCCCAAGGCUAUUGCUGAAUUGGCCUAUGGAGCCGUGCUUGACAAUGGAAACUUUGUGUUAGCAGCCAGUAGUUCAGCCACUGCAUGGCAGAGUUUUAAUGAGCCAACCGAUACGAUUGUGCCUGGUCAAGUACUUAAUCUAGAUAACAGUCUUGUUUCAAGCUUCUCUGACACGAAUUCAUCGAUUGGGAGGUUCAAGUUCAUACUUCAAACUGAUGGAAAUCUGGUGAUCUUCAACCAAUCCGGCUAUAUUUUUCUUCAAGCCAAGAAUGGAACUCUGUUAAAUUCGAUAUUUUCCAAUGGGGAAAACUCAGGAACCCAAUCAAUGUAUCAUCGAGCGAUUCUUGAAUAUGAUGGAGUAUUUAGGCACUACGUCUAUUCAAAAACUUCUAGUGGGAUGCAGAUGGAAUGGUCUACUUUGUAUUACGUUCCUGAAAACAUCUGUCUGGCUAUAACCCAAGAUAUAGGAGGAGGGGCCUGUGUUUUCAACAGCCUUUGCUCAGUGGUUAACCGGAGGCCAAGAUGUGAUUUUCCACUCGGAUAUAUGUUGAAUGAUCCGAACGACAAAUUAGGCAGCUGCAGACGAAAUUUCUCUGAGCAAGACUGUAACCGUGAAUCGCGAGAAGUCGAGGCUUUCAAUUUCCAAGAAAUGAACAACACUAACUGGCCUGACUCUGAUUAUGAGUCUUACGGGGGGUUUCUGAGGAUUGGUGCAAACAAAUUGUUUGAGUGA